AUGUUGAUCGCCGGCAUCGCAACGCUGCUGUUGCUGUUCCUGCUCCUGGCGCUAGCCAGGCCGAGUUGGGGUGGGCGCGCCACUCCGAUGCAGGGGGCCCUACCGCCCGGGCCCACGCCGCUCCCGCUGCUGGGAAACUUACUGCAGCUGGGGUCCGGCCGCCUGGACCACGCACUCAUGGAGCUCUCUGGCCGCUGGGGCCCGGUGUUCACGGUGCGGCUGGGCCCGCGCCCUGCGGUGAUACUGUGCGGCUACGCAGCGCUGCGGGACGCUUUGGUGCUGCAGGCGGAUACCUUCUCCGGCCGCGGGGCCAUGACAGUCUUCGAACGCUUCACACGCGGGAACGGCAUCUUGUUUUCUAAUGGACAGCGCUGGCGGACGCUGCGCAAUUUUGCAGUUGGAGCGCUUAAGGAGUUCGGGUUGGGUACGCGGACUGUCGAGGAGCGCGUCCUGGAGGAAACGGCUUGUCUGCUUGGCGAAUUUCAAGCCCUCGCAGGAGCCCCGUUCGACCCCCGGCGGCUACUAGAUAAUGCUGUAUCUAAUGUUAUCUGUUUCGUGGUCUUCGGGAGCCGCUAUGGCUAUCAGGACCCGGAGUUCCUGAAGCUCCUGGACCUCUUCAGUGAGAACUUCCGUAUCAUGAGUUCCAGAUGGGGCGAGAUGUACAACAUUUUCCCCUCCAUCCUGCACUGGCUCCCGGGCCCGCACCACCGAAUCUUCCGAAACUUCGCGGAGCUUCGGGUCUUCAUCUCCGAGCAAAUCCAGCGGCACCGGCAGACGCGGCAGCCGGGGGAGCCCCGCGAUUUCAUUGAUUGCUUUCUGGAUCAGAUGGAUCAGGAACAGAAGGACUCAGAGAGACAUUUCCAGGAGGAGACGUUGGUGAUGACGACGCACAACCUUUUCUUCGGUGGCACCGAGACCACGAGCAACACCCUGCGCUAUGGGCUCCUCAUUCUGCUCAAGUACCCAGAGGUGGCAGCCAAGGUACAGGCUGAGCUAGACGCCGUGGUGGGUCGGAUGCGCGCCCCAAGCCUGGAAGACCGUGGGCGCCUGCCCUACACCAACGCUGUGCUGCACGAGAUCCAGCGCUUCAUCAGUGUGGUGCCGCUGGGGCUGCCGCGUGCCCUCACCCCCGACACCCACCUGCAUGGCCACUUCCUGCCCAAGGGCACCUUCGUGAUUCCUCUGCUGGUGUCCGCGCACCGGGACCCCACCCAAUUCAAGGACCCAGACUCCUUCAACCCCAGGAACUUCUUGAACAAUGAGGGCGAGUUCCAGAGCAAUGAUGCCUUCACGCCCUUUGCCCUAGGAAAGCGGAUGUGCCUGGGCGCAGGCCUGGCCCGAUCAGAGAUCUUCCUCUUCUUCACUGCCAUCCUGCAGCGGUUCUGCCUGCUCCCUGUGGGGAGCCCCACCAACCUCGACCUCACCCCACAGUGCACCAGCCUGGGCAACAUGCCCCCAGCCUUCCAGCUCCGCCUGGUGACCCUCUGAGGUCAAGCCUGGCCACCCUCUGCACACUGGCUCUCAGACCUCCUUACCCGCCAUGGUCAAUAAAGGCCCCGAAUGGCAGGCGAA